AGGCUAACGGGCCUCAGCGGGCAUGUUCCCUGUGAACCCUGGACGGCACUCGGGGAGUCUUAUUAGGCGCAUUAUUCCUCAUCAGGACCUCUUCACUUCCUUCUGAGAUCCGCCUUCUCUACAACAACAACAACAACUUUGAACAACCUAUCGCGUAGCCUCCUGCUUUCAGCCUCAACUUCCACUCUUGAUCGGCUGCUGAACUGAACCGAAGCUUCCUCCUUCUCGCGACACAAACAUCAACAAACCCCUUUGCGCGCGCCGCUCAUCGUUGCCUGUCGCAAGCGCAAACCGCCCCAACACUUGAUCCCGAGAAAACAAGAGCGCGCUUGUCUACAAUACUCCUCCUCUACAUCUUUGGGGCUGGGGUUUUCCAAGACGCCUACACUACACCAAACAUUUUACGACCGCUCUGAAGACUGCGACCAGCGCUUCCAAUCAAGAUGCUGCUACCUUCAGCCUUUGGUAGCGACUUGUCGCAACUUCCACAGACACGACCUCAGCAUGCUCUCUUCGUCUCACCUCCUGCCAGUCCUAAGCAGGCGCCUGCUUCAGCCGAGUUCAACAACCUCUUCACCACUUCUCGGUCUCUGCAAUUUCUCAUGACCUCCUCCGAUCCGUUCCUCGAGCACAGCGCCAUGGGUGCACCGAUCGCAACACAGCCCGUUACUCCCCACACAAUAUCCCAAGGGCAACUGCCCACCCCGCCCAUGUCCCACGCGAUGCCUCCAGUCAAGCUACGUCUGCGCGCAAGAAAAACCUCCGAGUCAUACGGGUCUAGGAAUGCCCAUCAGCCUUCCCAGCGCAAGCGAAUUAUCAAGCGGCCACCUCCGCUAAGGCUCCACCGCGCAUUAGACGACAGGCGUGGGAGAGAAGAAAAUAAUGAACAAGACUCAGAUCUAUACGAGGAUCACGAGAGGGACCAGCGCGACAAUCAGCUGCAACAUGCUCAACAGCAAUCACAACAACAAAGAGCGACGACACCUCUCGCAGCACCCCAGUUCCUCCCACCAUUCGGCAGCCGACCGCAAACUCCCCCACGGUCGCGCAUAGCUCCAGAAGUCAUCCCUCUCGGGCUCGGCCGUUCGGAUUAUCACGCGCUCCACGCCGACAACGCAAAGAACGAGCGCCAACAAGCUACCGCGCCAGGGACAGACGUAGUGGUAGAGGCCAACGGGGAGCCGUGGAGCUCGGAAGAGGAUCGCAUUCUGGUCGAGCUAGUGCUAGACAAGCUCAAGCUUACAAAAUCCGAUUGGCAAGAUUGCGCGCGCAGCAUGGGCAAGGAUCGCAAAAGCGUCGGCACGCGAUGGAAAAGCUUGAUGGUCAAUGGAGACGUGGGCCUCAAGUCCAAGAGCAGUCGACGGAGCGGGAUUCACGGGACUUGGCGUUGAAAUGAUUCCCAUGUUUAUUUUCAUUUCCCCUUGUCAUAUUCCUUGCCACUACUAAUCCCUGCCGUGGGGCCUGAUAUAUCCACGUUGCUAUUUUUGCUUACUACUAUACUCGUCAGCGUGGGAACUCAAGGCGUCUAGGGAAAUGAGGGCAGGCAAGUCAUUGCGAGUGUAUUACACCCAUGGGAUUGGGACCAUUUACACGGGCAUUUUCGGGGAGUUGGAGGUACACCUUUUUGCUGCCAUUACAAUCUUGCUUUUGAAGGAAACUGGCCAGCGAGCGUUCAUGGAUGGGGCGUACAUACAAUCUGA